GUGACCUGGCUGAAGUCGGACGCUUAACCGACUGCGCCACCCAGGCGCCCCAAGAAUUAUUUUAUUUUAGCAAAACGGUGGUAAGCCCAUCUUUCUUCCCUAAAGCAAUGGCUAAUAUUUAACCACUAAGUCACAAUUUAUUUUGCGUAUUGACAAUGCAAAUGCGUGACUUAAAUUUUUUUUUUAAUUCUUUUUUCAACGUUUAGACUUAAAUUUUUAUAAAGUGUAAGCUUAUAAGCUGGGUUUGUUUUCCUGGCAGGGUGACAGUAAGUAAUAUCGGGCUGCAUACCAUGAUGUUUUACACAUGAUUUCAUUUAAUUUUGAAAACACUUCUUUGGUGGUUAAAGGAUAUGGGCCUUUGGUGUCAGACAUUCCUGGAUUUAAAUCCUAGGUUUAUCACUCGUUAAUUAUGUGACCAUGGGCAAAUUUCUUCUUCCCCAAGCCUCAAAUUUCUCCUCUAGAAAAUAAGGAUAAAAUAAUACCCAUUUUGUAGAAAUGUUCUGAGGAUUAAAUGAGAUAAUGCAUGUGAAACUUUUCGCACAGUGCCUGGCACAUAUUAAGUGUUCAGUGUAAGGCUGCAAUUAUGAGGAAGUUAAGGUUUCCCUGCUUGCCCUGAAUCGCCAUCAGAUGUUGCUAUUAGAUUUUUCAUACAGGCAGCUGAGUCUCCCAAUACUGAUUCUGUCGUAUGAUUCUGUGCACCACACCCUAACACUCUUUAUGUUACCCCCAGAGAAAACAACUUAUUUUAGAUACCUAUAAAUUAGCUGUGAUAUAUUUACCAAAGAGGGGGGGGGAAACCCCAGACAUCCUAUUCAAGUGUGAAUUCUGGUACAAUUUUUUUUCAGAUUGGUGGAGUCCACAUAAAAACCCACUACAGGGUUUUGCCAUUUGAGUGUAGUUUCUUCUGGUUCCUUCCUUCUUCCCUGUCUCUUACCCUUUCUCAUAUUUUUAGUUGCCUUGCAUUCUUUUCCUCUUGCUUCCAUGAGAACUCUAUUUUCAGUACAUCUAAAUGAAGAGCAUAAUUUAAAACUACCUCAAGGUGGAAUACGAGUAAGAAUGUAGCAUUGAUCGCUUCUCUCCUUAGUGUCUCCAUAACUUUUCUGCCAGUGUUUGCUGAUUAACUUCAAUGAAUCUCUGUUUGGGGAAUUUCACAGUUCUUUCUCUAUUUCCUCAAAUUUCAUAUGAAGUAUGCCAACACAUAUAUAGAAUUUAACGGAAUAGUGUAAAGCUAUACUAUGAACAUAUUUAUCUAUUUGAUUGACAAAAUUUGCCUUCUGGGUUCAUGAUAUGUCCGUGGUUAUCUUAGUAUAACAACACUUUUAAAGUUACCUAACAUUGAGUAAAACUUACCUUCUGGGAGAUAUGCCAUAGUUAUUCUAUAUUCUGGCACAUUCCACCCCCAAGCCUAGCUCCCAGUUUGGGAAGCCUGACUUUAAUUUUUUCCAUCUAGAUUGUAAGGCUGCUCUUACUUCGGGGGGGAAAAAAAAAAAAAGAUGCAGAUGAGACCUCCAGCUGUCUCCCAGACGAGCAGGGAAGUUUCUGAGGGUCAGGAAGGAGAAUCUGUACCUAACUCCUUGAACACCAAGGGAGGCAUGGCUGCCUGGGUCACUGAAUCUUGGGAAACCAAAAUGAGACAUAAUCAGCUGUGUUGUGAGACACCGCCUACUGUCACUGUUCAUGUAAAAUCAGGGUCAAAUAGAUCACAUCAGCCUAAAAAACCCAUUAAUCUGAAGCGUCCUAUUUUUAAAGAUAGUUGGCCAGCAUCUGAAAAAAAUGCACAUAAUAGCAACAAGUCUAAACGCCCCAAAGGACCCUGUCUAGUUAUACAGCGACAGGAAAUGACUGCUUUCUUUAAAUUAUUUGAUGACGAUUUAAUUCAAGAUUUCUUGUGGAUGGACUGCUGCUGUAAAAUUGCAGACAAGUAUCUUUUGGCUAUGACCUUUGUUUAUUUCAAGAGAGCUAAAUUUACCAUAAAUGAGCAUACCAGGAUAAAUUUCUUUAUUGCUCUGUAUCUGGCUAAUACAGUUGAAGAAGAUGAAGAAGAAUCCAAAUAUGAAAUUUUUCCAUGGGCUUUAGGGAAAAACUGGAGAAAAUUGUUCCCUAAUUUCUUAAAAUUAAGGGAUCAACUCUGGGAUAGAAUUGACUAUAGGGCUAUUGUAAGCAGGCGAUGCUGUGAGGAGGUUAUGGCUAUUGCCCCAACCCAUUAUAUAUGGCAGCGGGAACGCUCUGUGCAUCACAGUGGAGCUGUUAGAAACUACAACAGAGAUGAAGUUCAACUGCCCCGAGGACCUAGUGCCACCCCAGUAGAUUGUUCACUCUGUGGUAAAAAAGGAAGAUAUGUUAGACUGGGAUUGUCUUCAUCAUCUUCAUCCAGUGAUACAGUAGAGGUGAUGGAGAAACAUUCUCAGGAAUCACACAAGUCAAUGGACAUAGUAGUCAAUCCUUUUCAAGCUUAUAGCUAUUCUCAAGAUAAGGAAACUGAGACUUAGAGAGGUUAAAUCAUUUGCCCAAAGUGGAGCGACAUUUGAACCCAGCCAACGACCAUCAAUCAGACAAAGAAAAGAAAACUAAUUUUAUGAAGAAAGACAAAUCUAUGGAGUGGUUUACAGGAAGUGAAGAAUGAAAUGGCUCAACUAAACCAACUUGGAAUCAUUAACUACAAAAUGUCAAACUACAAGACAAGUGUCAAAAUGGGACAUUUAAAUUGUUUUGAAAUGUUACACAUCUUCCUUCAGCUUUUGUUAUUUUUUGAAAUUAUAUGUAAAAGUUAUACAAAUCCUAUAGCAAAAAAUUUCAAUCUAUGAAAGUAGUGUUUUGCAAUAUAAAGUUCUAUUUUGAUACCUUUCCUUCUUCACAUCAGUUGCUACCCUCUGAGGUACUCAGUUAAGUUGUGGUUUAAACUUCCUCAGCUUGACAAGAAAUGCUAAUUUAAGGAGAGAGAAAAAAAGUAAGGUCAUUACAAUAAUUAGAAGAAAACACCAUUUAAUAUGACCUGAAAACAUCACUCACCUGUAUGACCAGUUUGCCAGUGUAUAGGUCUAGCAAUAUAGGGAAAUGAUCCAUAUGGAAAAUCCGAAUGUGAUUCUUCUGUUGUAGAACAAAAUAUAUAUUAUAAGCUACAUAAAAUAUGUUAUAAUUUGCUCACAAAACUGUUAAAAUACAAAUUACUGUUUCUUUAA